UUCACAGUUCUGGUAAGGUUGUGCUUAUGUUUUGUACGUCAUCUGUCAGUUGUCAGCUAUCAAGAGUAAACUUUGAAGUCUCGGAAGGCUCGGUACUCAGUUAAGUGCGAAUUGUGUUGUUUACCUCGCACAUUUUGCUUUCACUAGCAAAUGUUUACAUUUAUAAUUGCUCCUUAGCACUAUUGAUUUAGUGAACAUGGCUGAAGACUUAAAAAGGACUAAGCUUUGUGUAAGAGAGCUGCAAAACGUAUUGUGUGCCAUUCAGAGCCUUUCGACUUCCUCGGCGACCAGUGUUCUACUAGUACUCGCAUUUUAGUUUCGGUCAUCGAAGUGUUACAACGUCUCCGUUAUUAUCAAAACAAUGUUAUCGACUUCGUAUCAAACAUUGAUAUAUGAAAUGCGAUAAUGUAAUUAGUUUUGUGCGGUAAUAAAACGAACUUAGUGUGUGUGGACCAGUUUUAGAUAUAUUUGUAAAAAUGAGACAUGCAAUCGACCGAAAUGCAAAAAAGUGUAUCAGUGCAAGUAGAUAGUGAUUUCGCGCUUUUUCUACCCGGUGGUGUGUACGAAAUUAAAAAAAUGGAACCAAGAUCGAAAUUACGGAAAGUGAUUCUAUUUUGCUUAUUGCUCUCCUUGUUUGGGAUGGUGGCAUUUGGAUACUUCUGCCCAGAUCAGGUGUGCGCAAUGUCAUCUCGUGAAAGAGUGGCAGAGUCCAUGGCCCUCUCGUACGCAGAAGCACCGGGCCGACCUCUCCCUGACGUCAUCGUGCAGCCAGGUCUCUCAUAUGACGAGGUCCUACACGAUGACUUCAGGUUCGACCUCAACGCCCACGACGUCAUGGUCUUCUUGCAUAUACAGAAGACCGGGGGAACAUCGUUCGGACGCCAUCUUGUGAUGGAUCUGGAUUUGAAGAGGCCAUGUAACUGUCAACGAGCGAGAAAACGUUGCCAUUGUUUUCGACCGCACAGCAACGAGAUAUGGCUGUUUUCGAGAUAUUCCACCGGUUGGAAAUGUGGUCUUCAUGCAGAUUUCACCGAGCUGACAGCCUGCGUUGGUGGAGAACUUGACAGGCACGAAGGUUCUGCCGUGCACAGGCGGUAUUUCUAUAUAACGCUCCUAAGGGAACCUGUGUCCAGGUAUUUAUCGGAAUACCGGCACGUGAAGCGUGGAGCAACAUGGAAGGGCUCCCGCCACUGGUGCCAGGGAAGGACAGCAUCUGCAUCGGAAGUACCCUCAUGUUACAAUGGCGAUUCUUGGCGCGGUGUAACAUUGGAAGAAUUUACUGCCUGCUCGUGGAACUUGGCCAACAACCGACAAACAAGAAUGUUGGCAGAUUUGGCCCUCGUCGGAUGUUACAAUGGCACCCUGCGACAUAGAACAGCUGAUACGGAUAGGGUCCUCCUGGCGUCCGCAAAACGAAAUUUGGCUGCGAUGGCAUAUUUCGGCCUGACUGAGUUUCAGAAGAUAUCGCAAUACGUAUUUGAAGAAACGUUCAAUCUACGUUUUGCUGUUCCAUUCACGCAACACAACGCUACUGUUUCCGGCGCAACCCUCGCCGCGCUGUCGCCUGCGCAAGUCGCGCAGAUCAAACAACUCAACUCGCUGGAUCUCGAGCUGUAUGACUUCGCUAAGGGGCUCAUGUUCAAAAGAUUCGAAGCGUUGCGAAAACGUGACAGCGAUUUCGAGUUCCGCUGGCGACAUCUUGGCGAAGUGGCGCCGCGUAGUGGAGUCACUGAAUUCGAUUGGGACAGCAAUCUUGAAGAUGGGACAACCGAAAAAUACAAAGGCAAGUAAGGCCUUGGCUGCUAAAUUUUAGGUUAAAUUUAAAAUACCACCUUGUGAAGGAUCGGCGAAUAACUUGGCAAUAUAAUUUGGAUGCGCAGGAGUUUUUUAGAUUCUUUUGUUAAUGUUCAUUGCCAAGUUACAUGCCGACCUAUUUCAAAACUCUGUAUAUAUUAAAGAUAUACGCCACCAUAUUGUAAAUGAACAAAAUGUAUAUUAACAAGUGUCUUAGGUCCGUAUUUCUAGUCUUGUUAGUAAGAUCUAGAGCUAAUACGGGCCUGUGCAGUUUCUUUUGAUGAUUAGGCAUGUUAGUCCCUAUUUCUAAAACGUUAAUUAUGAGUCUUUAGUGAUUUAAUAUCGAUAUCCUAGGAUACGAAUCAAAAAUAGAAUUGUAUUUUUUUGACAUUCUUCCCUUUUUUUCAUUCUUGUUCUAUUUAAUUUAAUAUUUUGCAUUUUGUACGCAAUCUAAUAUAUAAAAUUC